AGUAAGCUGAUCAAGUUAAAUGUAGGAUAUACAUAGAUAUUAAUAUAUUUUGUUUGCUUCGUGCCCCCAUGUGGAAAUGCAGCCAAUGGUUUAACGUUGUUCGUAUAUUAAUUCCAUAAUGACAUCAGUUCUAGCACAUUACAGUAAUCAUGGUGCACUUGUGAAAAUGUCAUCUAAUCAACAAUCUACGCUUAAAUUACGCAGACUUAGUGUGGAUGAAUUUGUACUACCGAAAAUUCAUACCAAGAAAAUUAAAAGAGUAAAUUCUGAGAGAAAACCAUUUAGUGUUAAUCCAUUUCCUAAACUUGGGACAGGACAUGGUGUAUAUGUGUUUGAGAACCAGUAUUUUCGAUAUGAAGGAGAAUGGGUGAAAGGAAAGAAGCAUGGAUUUGGUAAAUUACUGUUAAAGGAUGGAACAUAUUAUGAAGGACAAUUUAACCAAGGGGAGAUAACUGGCACAGGAUUUAAGUUUUUUUCAGAAACAAAAUGUAAAUACAAAGGACAAUUUGUAAAAGGUGAAAUGCAUGGGAGAGGAAUCAUGGAAUUCCCUGAUAGCUCAGAAUAUGAAGGAAAUUUUGUACACAAUAGAAAAAAUGGAUAUGGUAUAAUGAGAACACCAUUAACACAGUAUGAUGGAGGUUAUCAGUCAAAUAUGAGACACGGUGAAGGAAGAAUGGUAUAUGCGCCAAUGAGAUUUGAUAAAACCAGCAAUGGGGACAGAUACGAGGGAUAUUGGGUUGCAGACAAGAGACAUGGACCAGGAGUGUUACAUUGUGCUGAUGGCUCUAUAUUUGAUGGAAACUUUGACAAUGAUGAAUUUCAUGGUCACGGUUUAUACAGACAUAUAUCUGGUGUUAUAUAUGAUGGCAUGUGGCUGAAGGGUUUCCCAGCUAAGAUGGCCAGUAAACUUCACAUUGUUGUAGAGAACACACCAAUGAUCAUUCGACAGGGAACACCUUUUACAAUUACAGUACAAUGUUUGAAUGAAGAAAAUGAAGUAGUUGGAGAUGAUGGGAGAGAGAUACAGAUAACAGCAGGAUUUAAAUAUUACCAACCAUCUAAAGGUUCUGCUCUGUUUGAUAUGAUAGAAGAUGUUGAAGACAAACCAAUAGAUACACCAUUUGGUUAUCAAGUAGUACAUUAUCCACUGACCAAUCAGGAACAGGAACAAGAUGGACAUUCAGAAGAGGAUGAUAAAGAUGAAGAACAGGAAUUGUCACAAUCUCAAACACAACUAGAUCUAAAAGAAGAUGAGGAUGAAAAUCAGAACAAUAAAGAAGAUGAGACAAAAGAGGGUGAAGAUGGAGAAAAAUUUACAGAGAAUGAGAAACAGGAUGAAGAAAAAGAUGAUGGUGUAGAUACCAGUGGGGGAGGGGUAGAGGAGGUCGAUGAAAAUCCUAAUGAUACAACUUUAGAAAAAGAAUCAAUUCCACUUCCUCCUCCAGUACCUAAUUGCCGAUCAGAGGAGGGUAUCUGUGUGUGGAAUGAGGUUUAUCUUGCACCAGCGCCACCUAUGUACCGACCGUUUGUUGCCAUGGAAGAAGCAGAGAAUGACAAGAAAUCUACAUCAAAAGGGAAACCAGCUAUCAACAAAGAUGAUAGACGAUCAUCCAUUGUUCCAGAUCAGAGAAGGCAGACGAUUCAUGAUCCUGGUAAUAUUGACAGAAGAGGAUCGGUUUAUAAGGAUUUAUCACAAAGACGAUUUUCCAUGGUGGAUAAAAUGAGAAGACAGAAGGAAAAAGCUUUAGAAGAGAAAUAUGCAAAGACAGGAGAGUAUGUGUUGAUGGUUCAUGAUGUUACAAAUCCACCAUUCCUUGGAAGAACAUUAGAUCCUGCUUUCUUGUUGCUUAAAUUGAAACGUCCAGAAGCCAAGAAACGAACAAAGAAGGAAGGAAAGAAAUGGGACACAUCACAGCACAUCAAACGUUCUAUGGUAGCAACAGAAGAGUUGGACGAUUGAUGAUUGUACAGCCUAGUGCUGAAUGAUAGUCUUUCAUUUACUUAUAACUACUGCCUUGUGACAAGAUUAUAGGGAAUUAAUAACAAGGGGCCAUCCAGCAAUUUUUUUGAGAAAGUAGAUGAAGGGGGUUCAUAUAUGUUUAUCAAAUUAAAUAUUCUGUGCUUUUGUUUUUAAUUUUUGGAAUUUUAGACUGGUAUUCAAAUUCCUUAUUGUGAUUGCUUUUACUUUUAUUAAUUUUCGAAUUUGUUACAGUUUUUCAAAUGCUUUUGUUUUACAUCCAUUUUAAACAUUAUUUAUGCAUUUAAGUUCAUAUUUGUGAGUAAACUUGAUGUAAUUGGUAAAAAUUUUGCUGUCAUACAAUGCAUGGACGUCCUGUAAAUUUAAUUCCUGAGUGUAGACUCCAAAUACCAGGAGAUCUUCAAUAAAGUAUUCACUAUUCACUGAAUUUAGAUCAAAUUAAGAUUUUUCCCUAGAAUAAUGAUAUGGCAUUUCAGUAGUGUUGUAAUACGGGGAUUGCUUCCUUCAGUUGUAAAUAUUUUAUCUUCAGUGAAGAUACAUUUUUGAUAGCUGCCUAUGGAGACAAAGUUUCAGCCAGUCGUUCAUGUUUUAUGGCACAAUUAAUACUUUUAUUGAAUAAUUCAAAUAUUGAUGUAUAUUGAUGUCUGUAGCUACUAGUCACCUUUUAAGUUUGUCAUUUUAUAUAUGUUUAGUUGUAGUAUUUUACACACUGUGUCAAAAUGAGGCUUAAAUCCUUAUUUCUAUUUGUGAAACUACUGUAUUGAGAUUUGAUACACUUCACCCUAUUGACUUAAAAAAACAAUCACUUCUUCUUUGUAAGGUCAGACAUAUGUUCUCAUGAUGACAAAAUUUACAGAAGUGUCUGUAUUGUCUAGUAUUGACAGGCACUAAGUACGAUAAUUUCUAAAAAAAAGGUUUUAUAGAAAUAGUAGAAAAAAAAUGACUGAUGAUGUUAAUUCUGGUAGUAGAAAGAUUUAAUGAAGUUAUCAAAGUACUGUGGAUUCAUGUAUUAUUUGUGGGUACUAAUUGACCUGGAUUUGGGAUAUAUUAUUUUACGUGGAUACUUAAUUUCUGUUUACAAAGUUAUAGAAUAUUUGCAUUCAUGGUUUAUCUAUAUACCUCAAAACUCUGCCAAAAAAAAAAGAUACCUCAUGAAUAAUUAUGAAUACACAGUAUAUGAUUCUUCAUAAAAUAUCCUUUAUUAACCUUACUGCUUGUAAGAAAAAUCAAAUCAUCAUUCUGAAAACAGAUGUAUAGGUUCAUUCAUAAAUAUUUCAAAGUUGAUAAAGUACUUGCGGUAGAUGUUUAUUUGUUUUUUUGCAAUUAAGUUCUAGAAAAACCAAAGACUUCUCAAUAAUCAUACGAAUUUUGUUUGUAAAUAAUAUUCUUGAAGUAGCUAAUAUAUUGUUCCUAUGGUGAUCCAUUUUUGAAAUUGUAAAAUGACAUCUUUCCAUCAAUUAAAACCUGGAUUAAAGUUUUUUAAUGUAAGACAAAUGUGUACAGUUUUUAAAAGACAAAUUUAGAUACCCCUUUCACAAUAAGAACCGCUGACUCGGACAAGAUUUCCAUCAACACAAAACAUCUUUAAGAAAGAUAUAUCAUUUGAUUUGUUUUUAGACCAAUUUUAGAAGCAGUUACUUGUUGUAUUGUUGUCUCAUUGACCCCAUUGACCUUAUAUCCCAUUUUAUUUGCAUAGGUACUUAUUCAUGAAAAGUCCUAUUAUGAAGCUAUAAUAUUAUUUAGGAAGGUUAAGUCCUCUCUAGGGUGUCUGACUUCUCCUUUAUGUCAUUGUGGAAGCUGUAUAUAUCUCAGUAUGAUGACCCUUGGUAUUGAAGGCAAACGUAACUUUUUUUUCUUAAUAAAAAAAUUCUGAGUCACCACUGACCUUAAAGAUAGAAUUAGGAUUAUCAGCAUGUAUUAUUUGUACUAUUAAAAUAGUUUUUAUGUUGUGCUGUUUCACCACUGUCCCAGGUUAGGGGAGGGUUGAGUGCUCACAAACAUGUUUGACCCCACCACAUUCUUUAUGUCCCAGUCCUGUAGUUCAGUGGUUGUCGUUGGUUCAUGUUUGUUUUUCAAAAAUUGUGUUGUUAUAAAUUAGGCUGUUAGUUUUCUUAAAUGAAUUGUUUCAUAUUUUUCAUGUCGGGGCCUUUUAUAGCAGACUAUACGGUAUAGGUUUUUCUCAUUGUUGAAGGCCCUUUGGAUGCCUAUAAUUGCUUACAUCUACUUCAUUUGAACUCUGGUGGAUAGUUGUCUCAUUUUCAAUCAUACCCCACCAUCUUAAUUUUAUAAAGUUAUACCAUCAUUAAACUUCCAGUAGUUGUCAUGAAAUCUGAAAAUUAAAAUCUUAGAUUUGGGAGAAGAUUAUAUCCAUCACAAAGGUGAAAUGAUUACUCCUUGAAAUAUGUAAAUUCCAGUUAUAAUUUUAGGUUGUUCCUGCAAUAAGAGAUAGUUGUAUAAAACAUAUUUAUUUUAUUUAAGUUAUUGUGUCUGGUUGAUGUUGAUGUUGAUACCUCCCUCUUUCUUGUUAGAAAAUAUAUAUUAUUUUAUAAAUUGUUAUAAUAACAGAUACAUUUUUCAUAUUUUAUAGAUUUUAUUUUUUUACAUAUUUUAUAUUUUGCUUAAUUAAUUGAUUAAUAAACAUGAAAUCAA